AAAACAGUUUUUAACAGUUCUAUUGAUGCUUAUUUCAGCUCCAGUUGUAGCCAGUCCAACCGAUCCGGUUGCAGCUCUGGUUGCAGCUGCAACGUCUGCACCUUCCGCGGUUGCAGCUGCCCCGGUUACAGCUCCAGUUGCAGCUCCAGUUGCAGCUGCUCCGUCUGCACUUGCCCCGGUUGCAGCUCCGGUUUCAGCUGCCCUAGCAGCGCGUCAACGAGUUAAGACGAGAGGACGAAAAAAGGCAGCCGCACGAGCAUUCCACGUUAGAUCCCCGAGGGAAUAUAAUCCUCAAAGGAGCAACUCGGUCGUAAGCAGGAUCGAGGCGUACCAGGAUGCCCUGGAAAACGCUAAGAGGGUGCUAAUGGAAAAUCCCAUGACGCACUCUCCUAAGCGAAGUACCAGGGCUACUGGUCGCCGAACCCGCUGUACAUGUUGCGACAGGAAGCAUGAUGGCCGUGUUUGUCCGGCAGCGGGACAAUAUUGUUACUUGUGUAACGACGAGGGGCAUUUUGCAACGGGAUGCCAAUCCCGUCGUUCACAUUAUUAA